GUCUACGAUAGGAAGCUCGCUGUAACCUACAUAGAGUUAAAUAAUCAUUAAAUUAAAGUUAUCUUCUCGUAGCAUUCACCAUGAUAGAAUAGAUUUUUGUAAGUCGCGCAAGCAAGUGUAGGCUCAAGCUGCGUUGUUCUGAUCUUGUGCUUCUUCUCUCGACACUAGUGUUAACAAAUCUAGAAUUCUUCAAAAUGCCGGAGUCUCCUGCUUCGAGAAAGAGACCGGUAGACGAUGCCUCCGGGCAACGUAGACCGGAGAAGCAGCAGAAAACUGCUCAGUCUUCUGCCUCGUUGUCUUCUUCGUCUUUCUCGGCGUCCGCUGAGCCAGUCCAGAUCUUUUGCGGGCAAUGCAAGCGCCAGCGCUUAUCGGAGAAGGAAGCGGCUGCGGGGAAAAAGAUAAAGUUUAGUAUUAUGGUCCUCAGACAGGGAGGCUUCGCUACUACUAGUCUCGUUCUUCCUUUCAGUAGCGAGAGGGUGGCGGUCGAGUUUCUAUUUUUCUAAACUGUUUUUGUGCAUCCGUUCCGCUUGAUAGUUAUUGAAGGAUGCACCUCAGACGUGCUGGUCAGCGCUAACAUUCGUGACGGGAAAGUAGCCGCUAUUCUUUCAGCAGACGAAACCACAGCUCUAGUCUCUCUCCGAUUUGAGGCCUCCUCGGACUACAAACAUGACGAAGCCAUGCGGUUUCACCUUAAGAAGAACGAGGCGAGCGGUACUGCUGGCGAAUACACGAUAGUAAGCCGUGUUGGAGGGGCGCCAGCGAGUUCGCAGACAGUCCGUCUGAUGCUCAGUGGCGACAAGAAGAUGGUCCUGAGUGGUCAAGUCAAAGCAGAUCUUCAAUGCGGGAGCCCAGCGACCUACACUUUCCAGAAGAUCCUUGCUCAGAGUAGUAGUAACUUCGACCCUAAUGUCGACAACAGGCAAAAGUUCCUCCGUCUAGGCCAGGAGUUGCAGACAUUCGCCUCGCAGGAGGUUGCGACUGCUGCGGAACUGCAGCAACCGGGAAAGUCAGCCACGGCCUUGGCCACCAUCGCCAACCAACUCAAAGCCGUCUUGAAGUUAUGGCUUGCAACAUUUCACUUUUACAUGCUUUUUCCCUUAGCGUUGCUUGUUAGUUAAAAAUGAAAUGCUUCAACCUUUAAUGAAACACGUGCUGCAGAACAUGCAAAAUAGUGAAUCCGCUACCACUCUCACCUCGAUGGCUUCUGGCAUGGCAGCACCCGCCAAAGGAAAGGGAAAACGUGGGAGCUUUCCUGUCGGAUGGCAGCCGUUUGGAUAUGGCGGAGCAGGCGCAGGAGCAAGCGGCAGCUCAUCUUCAAGUAGUAGCGCAGCUGCGCCUGCCCUGGGAGCGUCGUCAGCUUCUUCUCAACAUCUUCAUGCAAGCGGUGCGGAGGUAAAACGCGUGUGCGUUAUCGGCGCCACCGGAACAGGCAAGUCCAGCCUUGUGAAUGCGCUUCUUGGAGAGAAACUAGCGAAAACUGGAGGAGCCGGAGCAGCGGUGACCAGCGUCCCAACAGAGUUCUACUACCGACCCUCCCCACCGCAGGAGGUAUUGUCUGGAUUGAAUACCACAACAAAGUAUGGCAGUGGGCGAGAUGUGUUAGGCGAGCUGGUCACCAUGGACUAUCAGAGGUACUUGCCGGGCGCGCCUGUGUUGAGACCGAAGUUUCGAGUAGGACUGAAAUUUUUAGACGCCGCGCAGGCUAAAGAUUUGCUGAUGGGCGCGGUCGAGGAGCUCUUCUCUUUAACG